GGGUUCCAUGGAGCGUCCUCAGGAGCUACUCAUCCGCCAGCACCAAGGAGAAGGCGAACAGGAACAGCACCUGCGAGAGGACGGAGCUGCUGGAAGUGCUCAAAGCUCGAGCAAAGCAGCUCCAAAGCAGUAACGCCCCGGAGGUGACAGUCAACAAGGUGGAGGUGGCCCCGCUGGGCAAUGACAAGCACCAGAACCCUCUGCAGAAGGCCAUGGUCCCCGGCCCCACACAGGAGCAACCGGUUCCCAGGGCAGGGUGGUGCCCAGACAGGCCCCACAGCUGGGUCGAGACGUUGCACAAGGAGAUGAGCAUCCAGCAGCUGAAGUUGGAGCGAAAGUUAUCCAUGGCUGCCUCCCAGCUGGAUCUGGGAAGCCAGGCCAAGGCAGAG